UCAAUGUCUGGUCGUGUUUAUGACGUCACAACCUAAACAUUGCUCAGCUCAGCUGUAGAUCGUAGUGUGUGUAGUCUGUGUGAGGUUUUGGGUGCACGCAAAAUUUCUUCGGAAACUAUCGUGUGCCUUGCGAAAUUUCAUCACGGCGACCCUUUAGCAAGCCUGGCCUCAAGCGGAGAGUCUGACGACGGUGGGCUUGCUCCGCCACCGCGUAAAAAAUCCCGUCUUGUGGACGAUACAAUGCAGCAGGCAGCAAAUGGCUGCACGCAACGCAAUGGAGUGUCCGAAGACCAUGAAGAGUCGUCUAGUCAACAGAAUGGCACCGAACUCUUGAAUGACACUAACGCAAUUAACGGGGGACCAAAUGGAAAUAUCUCCAGUACAAUAGACAAGACAAAUCAAGACAUUGUGCGGCUUAUUGGCCAGCAUUUGAAAGCAAUAGGGCUUAACCGGACGGCGGACGUGCUGAUGCAGGAGUCGGGGUGCCGGCUGGACCACCCGGCGGCCGCCAAGUUCCGGCAGCACGUCAUGGAUGGAGAGUGGAGCAAGGCUGACAAUGACUUGAUGGAACUUAAGUCGUUGCUGGAAAGCUCAUCACACAGCUUAGUUAAAAUGAAGUUUCUGUUGUUGGAGCAGAAGUAUCUCGAGUUGCUGGAAGACGGACGGGCAAUGGAUGCCUUGCAAGUCCUCCGUCUUGAACUGACUCCUCUGCAACACAACACCGCCCGUGUCCACGAACUGAGCAGCUACAUGAUGUGCAGCGGCCGCGAUGAGCUGAUGUCCCGCGCCGGCUGGGAGGGGAAGGGACUCCGCUCGCGCGUGCUGCUCAUGGACAAGCUGCAAGAGUUCCUGCCUCCAUCCAUCAUGCUGCCCCCGCGCAGACUCCACACACUAUUGUGCCAAGCAGUGGAACAUCAGAUCCACCAGUGUCCAUAUCACAACACCAAGGAGGAGGAAGAUGAGAUGUGUCUUCUCACGGACCACCACUGCAGCAAGGAGCAGUUUCCGUGUGAAACAAUCCAAAUCCUCAACGAACAUUGUGACGAAGUUUGGUUCUGUCGAUUCUCACCAGAUGGCUUGCAACUUGCCACUGGAUCAAAAGAUACAACAGUCAUCAUAUGGGAUGUAGAUCCGGAGACGCUGACCUGCAGGCACCGCAGGACGAUAGACGGCCACUCGUACGGCGUGGCCUACAUCAGCUGGAGCCCCGACGGCAAGUACCUGUGCGCCUGCGGGCCCGAGGACUGCCCCGAGAUGUGGGUGUGGAAGGUGGACACGGGGGAGCUGCAGGUGAAGGUCGCCCACUCCUCCGAGGACUCGCUCACCGCCUGCUCCUGGCACCGCGACGGCAAGAAGUUCGUCACCGGCGGCAUCCGGGGCCAGUUCUACCAGUGUGAUCUGGAAGGCAACAUCAUCGACUCGUGGGAAGGGGUUCGAGUGAACUGCCUCUGGUGUCGCAGCGACGGCAGAACUGUGCUGGCGGCCGAUACGCACCAUCGCGUCCGUUCGUAUAACUUCGAGGGUCUCACGGAUACCAACAUCCUGCAGGAGGACCACCCGGUGAUGGCGUUCUCGGUGAACAAGGACGACCGGCUGGCGCUGCUGAACGUCGCCACGCAGGGCGUGCACCUCUGGGACCUGCGGGACAGGUGCCUGGUGCGCAAGUUCCAGGGCGUCACGCAGGGCCACUUCACCAUCCACAGCUGCUUCGGGGGCGUCGACCAGAACUUCGUGGCUUCCGGCAGCGAGGACAACAAGGUGUACGUGUGGCACAUAAAGCGGGAGCUGCCCAUCGCCACGCUGAGCGGCCACACGCGCACGGUGAACUGCGUGGCCUGGAACCCGGUGCACCACCAGAUGCUGGUGUCCGUCUCGGACGACUGCACGGUGCGUGUGUGGGGUCCCGCGGGCCGCUCCGGCCGCUCCAAGCAGGCCUCCGCCAAGUCCAAGUACGGUUACGGAGGCGACACUUCAUCGUCAUCGUCCAACGGCAGCGUCUGGCACGACAUGGCGUCAUAGUAGUCUCCUCCCUCCGCCGCCCACUCUCAUCGCUCCCCGCCCCAGCGAGACGAGAACAGCGAUCAAAGUGCGAUUCAUCACAACAACGGCGCAACCUGCUCGAGAACUACCGGCUCGAGGGCCACGACAUUGGCACGUGCGGUUUGUUUGUUUUAUAUAUAUUUCAGGGAGAAAUGAUAUGUUCAAAGAUGUUAAAUUAAUAAUUUUUUAAGAAAGUAUAUCAUUUUAAUACUACAUAGGCUUUAUUAGUGUGUACAAAUGUUUUCAAAAUAAGUUUGCUCAGAGAUACCGGCAUAGUGUGUGCUGGUUAUAUGAUGGUUUUGUUUGUUGUAUUGCAAAUUUACUUUAUACUACAUCGAUGAUGAUGAUGUAAAAAAAUAUGUUAGUGAUUAACAACAAAAAUUGGCAUUGAUUAUAGCUGCUAUCAGUUGUUUUUGCAUUUGGUAUAGUCAAGAAGUAUUUGUUCCUGGUUGUUAUAUUGUGAAGAACUCUGAAUGAUAAAAUAUUUUAACAUUAAUUUUUCCUUGCAAAACUGGUAGUAAUAUCUGUUACCAUUAGUCAUGAAGUACUAAGGAAUAUUCUAGAUACCACAUUGAUUGCAUAUUCUUUGGAAGGUACAUAAAAAUUGUUUUCCAAAAAUUUUUUGGAUUAAUGAAUGAAAGUGAAUAUAAUUUUAACUUUUGCGGAGUUUGUUAAGCUCACAAUAAGUGUAAAAAUUUUAAUUAUGUAUUAUUAAAAGUACUAAAUUGAAUUAUGUCUAACUAAAAGUACUUAUAAGGCUAUAAUUUCUGCCAUUUUGUUGGAAUUAUUCCAUAAGGUAUACGCAACAGCGAAACAUUUGUUAUAUUUUUUAUGGAAUUUCUCAGUGUUUUGUACCUGCUCAUAUUACAUUUAUUGUUUUAUCAAAUAAAAUAUCUGGCUCCAAAUAGGUUUUUCCAUAACAAUCUAGUUUUCUACUUAUUUUAUUAGAGUCUUGAAUUUUGAACAUAAAUCAGUGUAACAUGUUUAUAAUAAAAAAACUUAGGUUUUUUUUGUAACAACAUUCGAAACCAAUGACGCGAGGUGCUAUAAGUCUAUGUUGUAAGUCAUUACGGGGCAGUUCUGUAUCCAUUUGUUGCCAUCCAUUUGCGUCUUGGAACUUACUGUGUGCUUCAAAGAAAACUUGAGAGGCUACAAAAUAUUUUAGAACUCUGGCUGUUACUUUGUUUGUUCAGUUUCUUUACAGCUUCUAAGAAGGGUAUUUAAAAUAAAGCAGACAGUAAUUUUAACUAUAAAAUAAGUUGGCUUAAAAAAAUUUAAUGGUUAUAAUGAGAGGAAAACUAUUUUCUUGUAAGUUAAUGUGUGAAACAUUUUGAUUUAGAAGUUGUUACUUUUCGAAUUGGCAGAUGUGGAAUACUUUAAAUGAAGACAUGCUAGGUAUUAGGCUGGCUUACACAGUCGCGUAAGGAAAAUCCGAGCAAAAAAUUCUGAGGUUAGUAACAUUACCUUAAAAAUUGAAUCAUGUACUUAUUAUCUUAAGAAAUUAAUCAGUGUAACUUGUUCAUAAUGACAAACCUUUCUUCUUUACCUUCAGAGCUAUAUCAUGCUUAAUUUGCAUCACAAAGCAAAUGGUUUACACUGUUGCCAGAUUAAUACAACUUGUCUUGUUUACACUAUUAAUCUUAUUUUUCAUAUCAUAGUUAUAUAUAUUAAAUUUUAAUAUUUUUUUUAAAUUACAAUUGUUGAUUUUUCUUAGACCAUAAAAAAGUGUUUAUUUAAAUAAUUAUUAAGUUGUAGUCAUUCUAAAGAUCAAAACUAAUUCAGUACUAAAAGCCAAUAUUUCACAGGAGAAACUAUUUGUAUUAGUUCCUCACUAUUAGCUAUAAGGCAUUUCAUUAAAUUAGUUGCUUUGCUCAAAUAGAGCCAAAUUUUUUAAAUAUUAAUUUGAUAGAAAAAAAUGUGUUGGCAAAAACUGUUGAAACCAAGAGGACAUCUUUCUGUCACAUGUCCAAGUAAAAAUUUAAUAUUAUUAUAUGAUUUUAAUGAAAUAUAAGAAGAAUAUAUAUUUUUUUUAAAUUUAUUCCAAAUUUUUAUUUAGAGAGUACAAUAAUUUCAAAAAUAUUUUAUUAAAUUAUAAAGUUAUGUUCAAGGACAGUACUAAUGGCAGAAAUUCUGCUUUGGAAACAGAGUAAAUGCCCAUUACAAUGCAUACUGCAAAAUAAGGUUGAGAAACGUGAUAGACAGUUGUACGUUUUAGCUGUGAGGUUGUUGAUCAACAUUAGCUACCCAGCUCCGAUGGCAGAUUGGAUUCCCUGCCAUCGCCCGACGAAGACUGCACCAAAUGAUACUGCAGUGGUUUGCCUUUCAUAGAUUCCAUGCCAUUUAUGUUGUGAAAUAAAUAAAAAAAUUCUGUGUAGGUAAACUAGUUUACUCUAAUACAGCUGGUGGUAGUUUGAAAAUAAGAUUACACAUAAUAAAUAAACUUAUCAGUGUGUAUCAACAUUCAGUUAUAGUUAUGAUGUGAAUUGGCUCGAUGUGUAAUCAUUAGGCCUGUAUGGUUUCCCAAUUUUUUUUGGUUCCAGUUUUGGGUCAAUUAAAACAACCAAAUCUUUGAGAACUUUUCAAGUAUGCAUUUUUUUUGUAUGUUUGAUAUUUUUUACGGCCUGUAAUGUUAACCAAUGUAACUUUCAUAAUUCUGAACAGGUAAACAGAUACAUUUUUUGAAAGUCACCAAUUUCUUAGGUUGUAAUAUUUUGUGAAACAAUUUAUGCCACAAUUUUAUUAAGUAUAAGACAGACUUCUAAACCUAUUUAGUAGAGUUCUUCUGAUACCUGAUACAAAAUUUCAGCCUUGGUUGAUAGUUUAAGGUACAUAUCUGCAAAAGUAUUGAAGGUAAAAAAAAAAUAUGUUCACAUCUUUAAUUUUUUUUAAAUACAUGCUUUUUUUAUCAUAGUUUCAACACUAGUUUUAUCUUUAUUGAAUAGCCGUAGCAUUUAGUUGGUAGUUCUACUGUUUAGUUUGAAAGUUAAGAUUUCUGGCAUUACCGCAUGUUAAAGAACAACUAUUUAAACAAAAACAAAAAAAAAAAAGAAAAAAUUAUAUUUAUUGCAUUAUAAAACAAAAGGAUUUUAAAGCUGUUAACUACCAAAAUAAAUUAUUUAAAAAUUGAAAUAAAACAUAUAUGAAUGAGUGCCAAUAACACUGAACUAUAAAAUGGGAAUACCCGUCGCGUGGCAGGCAGGUGGUGGAAUUCACGUGGCAUGUGGACGAACCGUACGGGCAGGGCUGCCAGCAGUCAGCAGGUUUAGAGGAGAACUGGCACCCCUGAGGCACACAUGGAUAGAGACUUCGAUGUUUUAGGACGAUGUGAAUUUGUGUUGCGUAUAACCCCGGGCUUUUGUCUCUAACACUGAAGCAGACUGAUGUGGCAAGAGGGCCCUCAUACCACCAUGGCAACUGGAGUUGCCCGCUUGUUAAUUUAAGGCAGAGGAUGUCAUGAUUACUGACGUCCUUUUCGAUGGCUGAACUGUCAUGUAGGCCCAUGUACUGUAAAUGAAAUCGUACAACAACAGCAGCAACAAAUCCUAUAGCUCGUUACGGUAGAAUUACUAGUCGUUAUGAGCUAGAAUUAAGAGAAACAUUUCAGAUCACUAAUUUAUUCCACAGUUAAUAGGUUUACAACAGUAAUAUCGACAGUUCAGCGACAGAGACAGUCCACUUACUUUAUACUCAAAGACUGUUUUGUCUGUAUUUCAAUCUCUUUAUGAUUACAAAAUAAUUAAAACUAGAAUCUAUUGAUACCUGAUAUCUUAAAUUUCAGGUCACAAUAUAAACAAUAAUGGGCUUGUCCUAGGAAAUUGUCUUACGAACUCAACUGAGCUGCAAGCAGGGCAGGGGGACCCCGGAUGUGUCCUGGACGCCUAAACAUAACAUAUAACGUUAAUCAUCUGCCAAUAAGAUUGCAUAGGGAGGCUCGCAAAUGCCUAGGUUGUACAGUGCGUGAAGGUGGAAGUGAACACUGAUUAUUUACUCAUAGUGAAGAUGACUGCGCGGUCCAUGGUUGCCUCGACCAGUGAACACACUGUCGGGUGGACAGCGGCCAAAAGGACUCUUGUGACGUGAGUGGCCAGAAUCACGUGAAGUCCUGAGGCUCUUCAGUUUACAUAGCAGUCAGCGGGGAGACUGCGUACGCCAGCGUGGCACUUGAAUCACGCCAUCCCCUCCUCCCGGCGAUUUCAACGAGUGUCUCUGGAUUCCAUAACGCACAUCUGUACGCCAUUAAAACUUCCUGUACAGAAGGUGCUGCCUCAGUGCUCUGGUGUGUUAUUUUUAGCGAUUCCUUCGUCGUACACUGGGCGACGUAAUCCUGCUGCACGGCCAGAAAGCUAAGAGCUCACUUCUGCCUCUCUUAGCUGAACAUACAGCAACUCCCAGAGUGGAUGCUAAAACUGAAGUCAAUAAACGUUGUGAUACACUGCUCUAAAUGUAUAUUAGAGUGCAACUCUGCAUCCUUUCUUAAACUGUGGCUUCCUUUCUGGCUUUAUUUAACUUCAAUGUAUAUUACUGUAAUUGUUAAACUUUAUGAAAUACUUUAAUUACAAGGUGUCCUGUUCCUCACAUUUCUUCGCCUUCAGUAUCAUGAUAGCCAGCAGCAAUUCGCCUAGUCCAUGGUUUGAUGUUAGCUGAACACUACGUAAAAAAAAAAAGUUUUAGGCUCCUCUUUACUGUGUUGUUGAAUUGCUUUUCAUUAUUGUUAAAUGACCUUGGUUAAAUGAGAUCCCAUCCAUAUUUUUAUAACUAAACUUAAGAAUAAAAAAUUUUUCUUUCUUUUUUUUUAUUGAAAACCAAAACCGGAAUCUAAAACUGAGGUUUGUAAUGUAAAACUGAACCAGAACUACACAGACCUAGCUAUCAUUUCAGUUUUUUUCAACUUGUGUUAGUGUUGUCUACUGUUGGAUUUCAUCUCGUCAUGUUGAAUUAUUUCAAGUUAUACAGAAGACAAAUAGAGUAUUGAUUACGGCGGUAACCUUGGAUAAGCAAAAUCAUGGAUAACACGGUACAAUUUGAAUAUCGUCUAAGGGUUUUAGUUGGCCCAGUGGCAUCAUUUUUCAGGGUGUUUUUCCAAUUUCAUAUGUCUGCAUGAUUAGCCCAACCAGUAAAAGGCAUUUUUGAGGUAAAUAACAUUAGGCUUUCUACAACCGUUAGAUGAUUUUCUAGGUCCUCAAGCGAAUGUUUCAAUAGGUUUUGUUGGUAAUGGCGCUUCAGGUUGGCUCUGAUAAUACGGAACUUUGAUUAAUCAAAGCUCAGGCGAACUAUACUCUACUGUACAUGGUAAAUAUUGUGUUGCUCUGAGGUGAUUCCAUUAAACAGCUCAACAUAUUUUCAGUUUGCUGGUAAUGCUUAAUUUGUUGCGUCCUGCAUACCUGUAAAUCCCUACUCCUGCAACAGCAUGAUGCGUUUAUUUACUCAUUGGAGAGCUUUUGCAGAAGUUUCCGUAUUUUCCGAGCAAAAAAAGCGGAAUCAAACAUUUUUAUUUUGAUGUAUUAUUCCCAAUAAUUUGACUAAACUAUAAUGUGGGCUACCCCUACUGAUAGGCCACCAAGUUCUGAAACCACUUUUACGACUUCGUAAACAAGGAUUUCCAUGCUCGAGUUGAGUAACAUUUAAUGUAGACACAGAAUAUGGGUAACAUUUAUAAAUCUGUUUGUUAAUAAUGUGCCCUAAGUAUCUCAUUGAUAACAUUUUACACCAACAUUCUAUUCACAUGAAAUUAUUUCAGUAAGGUAACUUUAUAUUUUUGGCAUGACUGUACUAUUUAGGUACUACCAUGUCAUUGUAUAUCAAAAAAAUGUUUUACAGUGCACUGAUAGUCUUAGUGUUUGCAUUUCACAAAAUGUGUACUUGGAAGAAGACAUUUAUUGAGGGUUUAUCACUAUGAUCUGCCGUACAGUCAGUGCCUGCCAGUUUUUGCAAUUUGCAAGUUUUCCUUUGUAACUGGGUGGGUCUGUGGGGAAGUAGGUAAGUUAUGAUAAGUUUCAAGUUUUCUGGUAAGAGUGAUUCUGUGUUUUGCCAGUGUCUAAUUUUUAACAAUAAAAAUAAACUUAAAAAGUAAUUAUUACAGUGAAACUUCAUUAAUAAAUACUCUGUUAAAACAAAAGUAUUAUUAUUAUUAUUAUGAAAAAAAUAGUUUUUUGUUCCAAGUGUAACCAUGUGUAAUGAAUGGUUAAUCUUAAUACAAAUAUCCCAGGUUAAUGUAAGAAAUCAGUGUUAAGUUUCAACUAAAAUAAUACUAAUUGCUUUGGUUUAUUUUAGGGUGAGAAAUUUUAUUCUUUCAAAAUCAUGGUAUAUUUUUUUGCUGUUAAUUUCUAAACAUUUGAUUAAUUUUUCUUUCUUAAAUCCUUUAAAUGUGAUGCAGCCAUCCUAUAAUUGUAUUUUACAAUCCUUAAAAAAAAGUAAUUUUGGUGCAGUAUAAAAUUAUGUGCAAGUUUUAACUUUAUUUGAAUAUGAUUCAGAAGUUAUAUAAACAUUGUCAUUAAAUUUUGUAACAGUUUGGUUUUUGGUUAUUACUUCAUUAUUACAAAGUGACAAAAGUUAUGGUCCCUUAAAGUUUGUAUCAUUGAGGUUUGACUGUAGUUCUUAAACUAAAGUAUUCAAAAUGCCUCUCACUUUCUUCCUUUUAGCCACUCGGUUAGAGUUCUUGUUGGUCUUGAUUGCUAAGACAUGUGUUGAGUGUCGUGGGAUCAAUACCAACGCCUGGCUGGACACAAAUUCACGAGCUGUGAGCGUACCCAAGUGGUUAGGAGCCCAUUUAAACUAUCUUCACCUUAACCAUCUUCCCUUAGCCUUUUGCAUGCCACAGGUUUGUCUAGUUCUCUUUCUUUUUCUGUUUUCCUUCUCUGCUGUAUGUUGUAAUGAAUUAUUUGGCAUAUUUUUCUAGCAUGCAUCAAAGCCUUGUCUUUCCACUGCCACAUAACCAUUAAAAUUAUACAAAUUACUGUGAAGUGGACUGAAGUAAUCACUGCAUAUGUUUGAGAGCGCUUAGUUUUUGAGUGGAAUGCUUAUUCGUAUAGUAUUUUGAAGAAUUCAUUAAUAUUCUCUAGAUCUGUUUUGGAUAUAGUUUGAAGAAUGCCGUGUUUUCCUGCGCACGAGACGAGGUUUAUAAACAGUUUUGGAGAUCUCAAGUCUGCAAACUCGGAGGGUGUGUGGUGGUAUUAAAGGUAGGCUCAUCUAGGAAAUAGCUGUUUAUUUGGUCUGUUUUUCUGUGCUGCAAAAUUGUAGUUGGAGCUGAUUGACCUCACCUUUGGUUUCCUUUUGUGUAUUACGAAACCAAUGGUUUAUAAGUUCAAGGACUUGACUUUUCCCUAAUGGGGCACUGGCAGUGUUGCUUAAGCGAGCCUUCGUCGUUCUGUCGACGUGCCUGAGGUCACUCCGAUUGCAGCACCACGUGGAUUUGUUUAUUCUCAAGACAAUGUCCGAUCCAGGAUGUUCUCUGGGCGAGAGAUCCUCGUAGCCUGACUGUGAGAUACCACACCCCUGGGAGCCAGCUGUCGGAAGAGCAGCGAACAGAACUCACGUGUGCUGCUGCGAUCGCCAACGCAGCUAAAAGCCUCCGCGGGAGGGCGGUCCAGAGCUGCAACACUCGCAGACGAAAGGCCUGGGUCUGGCCACGGCAGUGCGGACUGUGUUGCGAUGGGUCGGCUUCACUUCCUUGUUAGCACGCAGAAUAGCAUCCGGUACAUGCCACUUCUCAAGAUUUAUCUCUCUGUCCAAGAGGAGAAAGUGGAAAGAUGAUGAAGGUAGAUAGUCUCUGUCUUCUGUUUCACAGAGAAAUUUUAGCAGGGUUUUAACUGUGGUCAUGGUUUUUGAAUUGUGUUUGAAAAAUAAAUUGGUAAAGUAGACUAGUAAGAAUAAAGGAAUAUGUGCUCAGUUUAAUAAAUUCCAUCAUGCAUGAACAUUUGUAAUAAACUGUCACUAAUGUAUGAUUAUUCAACCUAAAAGGGAGGGGCACCUCUACCCAUCUCACUCACUCCUUGGAUAGUCACGUUGUGGGCCAAGCCCAAGGCUGGGAGAAGUGGAUCUGCUCAUUCAUUCCGAUAUCCGGGCGGCGCUAGUGAGGGAGUGUGUAGUCGGUACAAGUUCGGUGAGGUGUGCAUACGGACCCAGUGUUAGACUCUCUCUCACGGCGAGACGUCGCCCACGUGGUAGUAGACUCGAUCUCCCCCCCCCCCCCCCCCCCUCUACCCUCCUCGUACUGUCGCACAUACAAAGAACUGGCUCACUCUGAGCACCGGACACAUUACAUAAUUUUAAUUAUUGUGGGCCCUUUAGUGUCCCGCACGCCUCAAUUCAAAACCGCUUGCUUACCCUUUUAGUCAACACAUCUUUUACUAUUGGUCAACUUUAUUCCACUCACUACGGUUUAUCAGUCUGCAGUUUUACGCGUUUGCUUCUCCAGCAGCUUGAAGCAUUGGGGCAUGCGGUAAGGGAGGUUUCAGAUGACCAAAUGCAGCAGGGAGCAGACACACCUGUUCUGUCUGGCAGGCAGAGUUGACGGAGGCAUGUAGUGGUGGUUGGCACCGAAGUUCAAUGCUGGCGCUAGGGUCACGACGUUACAAAACUUAAUUACAAAAAGUACUAAACGAAAACACGAGUGGUAAAAAUAAAUUCUGUAUAAUCCUUUCACAAAAAUACAAAAGUCCGUAAUUAUGUAAAUGCAAAAACAGAAACAUGCUGAAUGCAACAGGAAUUUGUGUGGAGUGGUCUGCAAGUUAAAAUUGGAAGAAGUUAGUUUAUUAAUACCUCUAUUACAGAUACAUACACCAUGAACGUGAAACGGUACAUCAGCUUAGAGUGUAGUGCACGGGUUACGUUGAAUCAAUUCACAGGGAUCAAGCAAGAAUCAGGUGACAUCUCUUGAUGUCAUUCUGCAUCACUGCAUUGACACGAUGUGUGCAGUGUACGCUUGACUUAACAGUCGUACUAGCAAAUAAGAUUGUAAGGUAGAUGAGAAAAGCUACUUUAAUGCAAAUUUGUAUUUGACCACUUGAAAUAAUGAAUAAGUUCAGAUUGGUCGGAUGAAACUACAACUUGCAUGAGCAGGAUGUCCAAAUUCGGGAAAGUCAGGGAUUUUGAAAUUGGUAAGUGAAAGAAAGAGAAUCUACUAUAAAAUGUACCUGGAAAAGUCAUGGAAAUUCCUCAGUGACACUAAUUUAAAGGGGAAAUGUCAUGCUCUAAUAUGUCAUCACCCAGACUUUGAACACUUAAAAUGGCGUAUGCAAGGUUGUUUUUGAAUUAGUGCAGCUAUAGAGUGGUAGAGGCUGGGUUGCCUUUAUUUCUUCCAAAAUAUUUGUCAAGAAAAUCUGUAAUUUUGGUCAUGGAAAGUCAGGCAAGUUUUUCUACAGAUGUGUAUGGACACCCCAAUGACCUCUGGAUGUAGUAAGGACUUUAAAAGUAAAGAAGACUAAUUUAACGAAAACAUAAGCUGCAUACUCUUGGUUUCCACUUGAGAGGCAUUUCUGUUUCCCACAUUUAACCUCAUACUGUUAUUUAGACUGUGUUUCAAUGUUCCUCUCUCAUUUCCGUAGAAACGUAAAGAUUCCCAUUUGUUUUAACGAAACACCAAUUAGUUAUCACUCCUCAUGUUCUUCAUAGUUAACCUCAAUGCAAAAUUGUUCUGCGUUUCCUGGCUCCAAGCCAUCUGUUGUUCCUGCACCUCACUUCUCGUUUUCUCCCCACGCCACCCGGACUUUCAGCCUUCAUUUUUUAUGCUGUUCCUUCUUUUUGUCUCUACUGAAUCUCCUCUCCAGUAUCAUCACUCCAUCAUACCUUUUCCGCCUGACAAACAGCAUCUUGAGAAAGAAAAGAAAAAGUUGAAUUUCUGACCUAGACAGUAUGUUGAGAUUAGUAUUUCUACUUCAAGAUAGAAUGAUUUUUUUUGAAGCCAAGACGUAAGGUGUAUACAUAUAUAGUAUUGCUUAAUGUAUAAUGUUUAUAAGUGAAGUGAAUAAUAACUGUUCUUGUGGGUGGAAAUAUUUCAAACUCAACACCAGCAGCUGAAAAUGUUUUGCACUGUACAGUAUUUUCUGGAAGUGAAUUUACCUUCAUUUCUGAAGUAUGUAUAGAUAUUUUUCUGAAUAAUUGGUUUUCCUAAUUUAUUUUGAAAACUUAUAAUGUAAAUAAUAAAUCAUGUUUACAUUUUCAUAGAAGAUUCUGAAUUAAUAUUUUAUUCAAAAUGUUAUUUGUCUGGUUAACAGUCUUAUUGUGUUGUUUUUUUAUCUUAAAAAUAAAUUGAUCGGUUUUGUGACCAUACUUUUUAAUAGUGAAUACUUUUUUUUCCUGGUUCUCGAUUCGGUUCCGGUUCUUAAAAAUUGGUUCUUGGUUCUCAGUUUCAGGUUAACGUCCAUACAAGUUCAAGUUGUACUUAAGAUACAGUAGACCCUAAUAAAUGGUUUAUUUGUUUAACAUGACUUCUAAGUGCCCCACUUUACCAUAAUUAGGACACGAACAAGCCACCUAGCCCCUAGACCCAGACCCAGAAAUUUCUUGAGUUGCAAGUUUUUAAAACUUUUAGUUAACAGACAUCAAAUCUUGGGUAAAAUUGGAGAAAUUAAUAAAAGACCCUUUAUCUUGCUAAACCAAACCCCUCAGAACACUGGAAUUAUUAUUGUCAUUGGGUCGUUUGGCUUGAAAAUAUGUGGCUGGGAAAAUGUAAUUGACUAUGGGUUGAAAGUGCCGAACGCGUGACUAGGCGUGUCAGAAGGACGUAUAAAGAGAAAAACAUCCUGUUGGAUAAGGGUGUGGGAGUGAUGGAAAAACUCCUGUAAAUCACUGCAGUUAUAAGUUUUAAAAGUAUAUUGAGCCUGCAUUAUUUUUCUCUAGGUUUACUUUUAUUUGAAAUGAUCAUCCUUUCUUCUAGAGAAAAGAGGGACAAAAAAAGGGUCCGAAUCGCUGCACAAAAACUCUUUUGUUUACGUUGGCCACUUCAUGCUGACAUUAUCUUUCCAUCUAUGCUAUGGGGGCUACGCUAGGGGGUGAAGUAAGGGAAGAGGAGUCUGCCCUUUGUCGCUGUGGUGCGUGCAAUUUUCAAAGAUUUACGAACCAUUUACUAAUCACGUGGGACUAAAAGUUAAAAGACGUGUGCAUAUUUGUCGCCGGCAAUAUACCACAGCAUUUUACCGGGAAAAGGAUUAGCUGUUGUGCUUUCCUGUAGUACCAGCACCGGUACCGACAUUACAUACACGGUUCUCGGUGCUGGUUGAUUUGCUGAGAACCGGCGGAAUCGGAACCGACCCAUCACUACUUUUUAUUGUAUUUGUAAAAUAUUUAUAGGAAUUUACCUGGUACUUCAAAGAAUUUGUGAGUAAAUCAUGGGAUAAAAAAAAAUACCCUGUGGAUUUUCUUUCAUUAAUAUUGUAAGCAUUUGUAAUGUGUUUACUAAAAAUAUUUUAUAACUUUUUUGUUUGAAUGCCGUAGUUUCGAGGAUGGAUUUGUGUGCUUAACAGAAUAUCAUUGUGCAUGUUAUAAUAUUGAUGCACAGUUCUGGCUGUAAUGGUUUAUUAUCAUUAUGUAAGAUUGGAACAUUGUUACAUUUUUGUGAUCCUUAAUUUAUGUUAAAAAAAAAAAAUAUUUGGCAUUGGACAUGGCUAUAAAUAACAAUGCAGACAUUAAAAUUUUCAGGUUGUGAGCCUAAUUUCCCUUGGUUGUUUGAUAAGAAAUUAUUUUUUGUUGUUGAGCAACCAGCAAUACCAUCAACAAUUAUUCAUUUCCUUUGGCAUGUAAGAUGGGUAGUGGUCCAAAAUUUAAAAUGUCAUAUGUAAUGUUUGCAUAUGUUUUACAUGAUUCUUAAAUAGUGUGAAGUUGGAGUGCUGUCAUAAAAAUAUAUGCAAAUGAUUUUAAUGUUGCUUUAUGUGAUUGUGUAGGAAGGAAUUCGUAUAACAUUUUUACCCAUAAAUGUGUUAAAAAAAAUUUUCAUGAUCACUUCUGACUGUGAUAGGCUGAGUGUGUAUAAAAAAUGCACGUAUAUAGAUAACCUACAUGUUAAGAUGUUUGUUUAGGUAAGAAGUGUGGGUAUAAUGUCAUUGGAAUUUUAUCAUCAUACUUAAUUGUGAUAUAACUUUGGUAUUCAUGAGUGACAGAUGUGUGUUGAAUAGUUUUAAUUGUAUUAAAAAAAAGUUUAUUUUAAUAAGUUUUGUCAUUAAUUUCUGUAUGAUGACUUGUGGAAAAAUAUUCAUUGCAAUAAAUUUGUGUAUAUUCACAAUAAAGUUUUUAGUAUACAAGGAA